AUGGAAAACACAUCAAGCGCAUUAGUCUUAGCUGUAUUCUUACUAUGCGCUACGGUCUUGAUCACUCCAGGAGCAGCUAAUGACGAACCGCCACGACCAAAAUCUCCGAUCGACAUUGAGAAGUGUUGGUCAUCUCUGUUUAACGUCAACGGAUGCGUGCUCGAACUCUUCCAGUCAGUUUUCUCCGGCAAGUUCGGAGAGGUUGGGGUCUCGUGUUGCAAGGCGUUUUCGAACGUAGAUGCAAACUGUUGGCCUCACAUGUUCCCGUUGAACCCUUUCUUCCCUCCUCUUGUUAAAGACAACUGCGCUCACAUCCAUGAAUUUCUGGGGGACCUUCUUUCAUCAUCACCAUGGGAGGAGCUCUAUGAAGGUCAGAGCUUGGUAUUAGCAGAAGGACACAUCGGACCGAAGAACGAAACAAGAGAGCCGGUCCAUGCUCACGCGGAGUGUUCAGAUGACGACGCUUCAUCUGUAGGCAGCAAAGACGAAGGCCUCGAGUGUCCCAUCUGCUGGGAAUCAUUCAACAUAGUCGAAAACGUUCCUUACGUGCUGUGGUGCGGCCACACGAUGUGCAAGAACUGCAUCUUGGGACUCCAAUGGGCUAUCGUGAAGCUACCUACUCACCCGGUUCAGCUUCCUCUCUUCAUCUCAUGCCCCUGGUGCAACCUCUUGUCCUUCCGUCUCGUCUUCAGAGGAACACUCAGGUUCCCUCACAAGAACUACUUUUUGCUUUGGAUGGUCGAGAGGAUGAACGGCGAGAGACGCAAUUCUCCCGGUAGAGAACAACAAACCGAUGCAAACAAUGAUCACGCGAGGGAGACUCCGUGUCUCCACCAUCGCCGUAAUCGGGUUCAGCCUGAACCAUCGGGUUCUGUUCACGAUCGUCGCAUUCCCAUGGACAACAACAUACAAGCUUCACUGAGGAAGUCUCUGGUUUUCUUUGUCCAGUUGACGGCAAAGUUUCCACUGGUUGUCAUAUUUCUGCUGAUAAUACUCUAUGCAAUACCGACCAGUGCAGCGAUAUUGGCCAUGUACAUUCUAGUCACUCUCUUGCUGGCUUUACCGUCGUUUCUCAUCCUCUACUUCGCUUAUCCUUGUCUCGACUGGCUCGUCAGGGAGAUUGUCACAUGA